AUGUAUUUCAGCGUCACUAUCUUUUCUACCACCUCGAUAUAUGACAGCCUUCACCCAACAAAUAUUGCUCAAUCUGGUCUCACGGCGUAUGGGACGAUACCACCUGAUGCAAGCACGCCGUUUGAUGUGAGCGCCCAUGGAUUGCAUCGCAGCUCACUCCACCACAACGGUCUAAACGGAAUCCUCGCCGACGAGAUGGGUCUCGGCAAGACGCUCCAGACAAUCUCCUUCUUUGCCUAUCUCAAGCAUGUCCAAGAUGUCCACGGUCCUCGUCCCGUCGUCGUCCCCAAGUCUACCUUGCAGAACUAG